UACAGUGUGUCUUGGUCUCGCGUGUCUUAGUAGCUCAUCUGCACCUUGGCUUCGAAGCGAGUCGCACACAAAGGACUGAGAGCUGGGAGUAGCAUCUUCUAGCCUGAUAACGCAGAGCUUCCAGAGCUUUCUAUUUCUCUGGGGCAACUAACCCGACACAGCCGCCAAAAUGUGUGACAUGGGGGGACUCGAUAACUUGGUGGCCAACACGGCCUACCUAAAAGCCCAAGGGGGUGAUGACAAGGAAAUGAAGAAACGUCGCCGAAGUCUCUCUCUACCCAAGACAGACCAAUGUGUGGCAGUCAGGUCAUGUCUGGAAAAGGACUUUGAUUCCCUCUGCGAAAAGCAGCCUAUUGGAAAGAAGUUGUUUCGCAAGUACCUGGAUCAAGCGGAGCCAGAGUGUAACGCUGCUGCAGAUUUUCUGGAUGAUCUGACAGAUUGGGAAUUGUCAGAGGCCGCUGCCAAAGACAAGGCCCGUACAAAUAUCAUCAACAAGUUCUGCAAAGAUGGCUCCAAGAGCUCCCUCACCUUCCUGACUGGAGAUGUAGCAGCCAAGUGCAAGGCGGUUACUGACAAAGAUUUUGAGGAGGUGAUGGGACAGGUGAAGGAGGCCACCAAAGAGUUCCUAAAAGGCAAGCCGUUUACAGAGUACCAGACAAGCGAAUUAUUUGAAAAGUUUUUGCAGUGGAAAGAGUACGAGAGACAGCCAAUCACUGAAAAGUACUUUUAUGAAUUCAGGACACUUGGAAAGGGCGGUUUCGGAGAGGUGUGUGCAGUGCAGGUUAAGAACACCGGCCAGAUGUAUGCCUGCAAGAAGCUCUGCAAGAAGCGUCUCAAGAAGAAACAUGGUGAGAAAAUGGCCCUGCUAGAGAAGAAGAUCUUGGAGAAGGUCAACAGCCUUUUCAUUGUCAGCCUGGCCUAUGCUUUCGACACUAAGACCCAUCUCUGUCUGACAAUGAGCUUGAUGAAUGGAGGGGACCUCAAGUAUCACAUCUAUAACAUUGGUGAGAAGGGUAUCGAAAUGAAUAGGAUCAUCUAUUAUACAGCUCAGAUUGCAACAGGGAUCCUUCACCUGCAUACCAUGGACAUCGUGUACCGUGACAUGAAGCCAGAGAAUGUGCUCUUAGAUAGCCAGGGCCAGUGUCGUCUUUCAGAUCUCGGUCUCGCUGUGGAGGUUCCUGUUGGAAAGACCAUCACCCAGAAGGCUGGAACAGGUGCAUAUAUGGCACCUGAAAUCCUUACUGAAAUCCCAUACAGGACAUCAGUUGACUGGUGGGCCCUUGGCUGCAGUAUCUAUGAAAUGGUAGCUGGCUACACCCCAUUCAAAGGUCCUGAAGCCAAGAAGGAAAAGGUGGAGAAGGAGGAGGUACAAAGGCGCAUCAUUAACGAGGAACCUAAGUUUGAGCACAAGAACUUUGAUGCCCCCACCAUAGACAUCAUCAAGCAGUUCCUCAAGAAGAAGAUUGAUGAACGUCUUGGCUGCAAGAGUGAUGAUCCCAGAAAGCAUGAAUGGUUCAAGUCCAUCAACUUUGCUCGUUUAGAGGCCGGCCUUAUCGAUCCACCCUGGGUGCCCAAACCCAAUGUUGUCUACGCAAAGGAUACCGGUGACAUUGCUGAGUUCUCUGAAAUCAAGGGUAUUGAGUUUGAUGCAAAGGAUGAAAAGUUCUUCAAGGAGUUUAGCACAGGUGCUGUGUCCAUUGCCUGGCAAAAGGAGAUGAUUGACACUGGACUCUUUGAUGAGCUCAGCGACCCCAAUCGGAAAGAAUCAUGUGGUGGUUUCGAUGAUGAUAAGAAAUCGGGCACUUGCACACUUCUGUGAGAGGACCAAUCCAGCCACCCAGGCCAGAAUUCACCAGCAAAGGCAUUCAGUGGCAUCGCUGUGCUAUGUGUUGAAGAAGAGUGGACCUUGACUGAAAAGAGAUGGGAUGUUAGUCCAUUGUAGUAUAGAAGGAGACUCUUUUUACUUCAUUUGCACAGCCACGUGGUCUGAGAAACACUAUGGACCAUCCAUGAUGAGGUGGAAUACGCUUUGGACCAGUCAGGGAACUUCUUCUCCGCAGUUCCUUUAUGUCUCGUGAAGUAGUCAGCCUCCUAUACAACAGGGGGUGCAAGUAAAUGUACUAUUCCUUAUUGAGAAGAUGCUAGAAGAGUAGAGGACUAAAGGCCACCUAAAGACACUUUAAGUUUUCGAUGUAACAAUAGCAACUAAAUGUAAUCGGAAGCAAUUCCCAAGAAGCAGCGGCUUGCAUUUCAAACAUCUACUGCCUUGCCAAAUCACAGUUUAUU